CGCGUUUCGUUUCUGUGGCGUCGUAAAAAAAAAAAAAAAAAAAGGAGGCGGCCCGCCUAGUUACAAAAGAGAUGACGCCUCUGCAAUUCUGAGAGUCCCCAGCAAGCCGGGGCUAGUAUAAAGCGGGGGCGGAACGAACGACUCCUCCCAUCAUGCCAGGGGGCAGCUCCGCGCGUCCCACCCUGGGAGUUAUAGUUCCCUGCCCCUCAGAUCCAGCGGCAUCCUCAGUGUGUGAACUCUGUUACCCAGAAGGCCUCCAGCACCGAAGCUGGAAUUCCUCGGUUACUCGUUCUCUCCGGCAAUUAGGGGAACCUGUUAGCGCUGCCCACAAGGCUCAGCGGGGCUGCGCGAGGUUAGUGGCUAAUCAAGAGGAGCUUCGGUCAACUGCCACCUGGCCCCGGCGACAGGAAGUGCCUGCCAUGCCUCACAUCGACAACGACGUCAAACUGGACUUCAAGGAUGUCCUGUUGAGGCCCAAACGCAGUACCCUUAAGUCUCGAAGUGAGGUGGAUCUCACAAGAUCCUUUUCAUUUCGGAACUCAAAGCAGAUGUACACUGGGAUCCCCAUCAUUGCAGCCAAUAUGGAUACUGUAGGCACCUUUGAGAUAGCCAAGGUUCUCUGUAAGUUCUCCCUCUUCACUGCUGUCCAUAAGCACUACAGCCUCGAGCAGUGGAAAGAGUUUGCUAGCCAGAAUCCUGACUGUCUUGAGCAUCUGGCUGCCAGCUCAGGCACAAGCUCUGCUGACUUUGAGCAGCUGGGACAGAUCCUGGACGCUAUUCCCCAGGUGAAAUAUAUAUGCGUGGACGUGGCCAAUGGCUACUCUGAACACUUUGUUGAAUUUGUAAAGGAUGUGCGGAAGCGCUUCCCUGAACACACCAUCAUGGCAGGGAAUGUGGUAACAGGAGAGAUGGUGGAAGAGCUGAUUCUCUCUGGGGCUGACAUCAUCAAAGUGGGAAUUGGACCAGGCUCUGUGUGUACCACCCGGAAGAAGACCGGAGUUGGGUAUCCACAGCUGAGUGCAGUGAUGGAGUGCGCAGAUGCUGCCCAUGGCCUCAAAGGCCAUAUCAUUUCCGAUGGAGGCUGCAACUGUCCCGGGGAUGUGGCCAAGGCUUUCGGGGCAGGGGCUGACUUCGUGAUGCUGGGCGGCAUGCUGGCUGGGCACAGCGAGUCAGGUGGUGAGCUCAUCGAGAGGGAUGGCAAGAAGUACAAGCUCUUUUAUGGCAUGAGUUCUGAAAUGGCCAUGAAGAAGUAUGCCGGGGGCGUGGCUGAGUACAGGGCCUCAGAGGGAAAGACAGUGGAGAUGCCCUUUAAAGGGGAUGUGGAACACACUAUCCGAGACAUUCUUGGAGGCAUCCGCUCCACCUGUACCUACGUGGGAGCAGCUAAGCUGAAGGAGCUGAGCCGGAGAACUACCUUCAUCCGUGUCACCCAGCAGGUGAAUCCGAUCUUCAGUGACAAGAGCUAGACCUGAGCAGUUCUGCCCUCCCAGGGCGCCAGCACCCACCACAGGGCUCCCCAGAGGGCCCCUCUCCCAUCACAGCUACUAGGGCUAUUACUUGGUCAUUUCCUAUCCUCUCUCUGCUAAGGGCUCCUGCAGUAUUCUGUACUUUAUCUGCACAUGCAAAAUGCCCAGGGCACCCACUGGGGAGGAAGCAAGGAAGGCAGGCUGAGAAAAUAAAGUUAAGAUAAUCAAAUGGGAAUCUGGGGACCCAGAAUCCUGAAGAUUAUUAAAAGGAAAAGAUGCUCAUUCAUACAUAAGUGUUUUAUAUGGCCUUGGUCUGGAAGAGGUAGGCUUUUAGAAUCAUGUUUUGUUAAUCAGAUUCAUUAAAUAGAUCUUUGAAUAUCUACAAA